CGAGUUCCAAGAUUGAUGUUGGAAUGUCCGUGCGCGCUCUCGGCCCUAAGAUGCUCCGUCCGGACGGGCUCAACUCCAGCUUUCUGUCCACCUCAUCCGAUCAGCCCGUAACUUUGUCACAUCAAUCGGGGCAACCUUGCGACCUGCGCCACUCCGACACUUCCGAGCUCUCUUCUGCCACUGCGCACUGCCCGGCCCCCGAGACCGCGUUCAUCCUCAUACCGAACGGCCGUAUCCUCAAUACAGCUACUCGGCCAGCCUGCGUGUUGCGGCGUGUACAGCGUUAAGUCACAGUCACCUCUGACUGCUCAAGUCUCCUGAGUUUAGCGCAUAGCUGGUCGCGGUCGCGAUGGCAUUUACGGCCACCAUGAGCGAGGAGCGGGAGUUAGCCAUCCACCCCAUCGUGCAGACCAGCGUGCAGCAUAACACCCAAGUCGUCUCGAACAUUCGCAAUCUGACCGCCUCUCUCUUCGGUGUCGCCGCAGGAACCCUGGGCUUGGAGUCGUAUCCAGGCUUCAUCUUCUACCUUGUCGGAACGCUUAUCGUGUCGGGCCUGAUAUUCGCCUUCCGGACGGAGGGAAAGCCCAGCGAAUACUUCCACCGACCGUUUGGAGACCUAUGGGGAGGUGAUGUCUUCAGCGGCUUGAGCAGCUUCGUGCUUACGUGGACCCUUUUCUACGGACUAGUCAGAGCAUGAGGAUAAGGAGAUGGCUGAAUGGAUAGGGGUUAACAUGAGUUCGAUUGGAACAGGAAGAAUGUGGCGAUAUGCGGGCGGUAUAUGUUACGGCUAGGCAGCCCUCCAGACGGCGUCUGCUAUACAGACCAGUCCACCAGCUUGCUGUUGCCCUUCACCGCAAGUUUCCUUGGACUUUGGUCGGCCUCAAGCGAAAUGCAGUUGGAUGAAUGGGGGAAGUGAUCCCAGACACGUUUUCAAGGUGUCGCAGUCGUUGCCUGAUACAGGAGGGCGUAGCGGGACAUGCAGCGCAGAGAGGCUAUAGGGGCGAGCUGUAAGAGUCCAGCUUUUGGAAGCUCUGCCUGACUACGGGUUGGUUGGUAUUUCAUAACAGUCUUGUUCUAGCCUCGAUAGGCGGGAGCUCUGUCUGGCGUUGCCAGUAUAUCAAAUUUAGAUGUUCGUUUGACAUGCCAACCAAAGAAUGAUUGCAAC